CUCUCUGGACCUAGCGAGAAAUUCCGCAUCGUAACGAACAGUGGUUCCUUGCACCUCCAAUUAAUUACAAAUCCCCAUGGAAGUAAUUCAUCGCUAGAAAUCGAUCAGAGAUCUCGCCAUGUCGGAGGAUUCCCACGGCCCUAGCGCGCGGGAUCUCGCCUGCAAUGCUUGCGCCGGCGCCUCCGCAGGGAUUAUAGCUGCAACCUUUGUUUGCCCUCUGGAUGUGAUCAAGACCAGGCUACAGGUCCACGGACUGCCCAAUUUGCCGCCCUCGGCCAAUCGAGGAAGCUUCAUUAUUUCAAGCCUACAACAAUUAAUAAAAAAUGAAGGCAUUCGAGGAAUGUAUCGAGGUCUUUCUCCGACAAUCUUGGCAUUAAUUCCAAACUGGGCCGUUUACUUCACAGUUUAUGAUAAGCUGAAAGGAGUUCUUCAUUCGCAUGCUGAUGGAAAUAAUCAACUCUCAAUUGGUGCAAACAUGAUUGCUGCCUCAGGUGCAGGAGCUGCAACGGCUAUUACAACCAACCCCUUGUGGGUUGUUAAGACCAGACUCCAAACACAAGGGAUGAGGCCUGGAGUGAUACCAUACACUAGCAUCUUUUCUGCACUGACAAGGAUUUACCAUGAAGAAGGCAUCCGAGGGCUAUACAGUGGCCUUCUUCCUGCUUUAGCUGGAGUUAGCCAUGUUGCUAUUCAGUUUCCAGCAUAUGAAAAGAUCAAGGCUUACUUGGCAAAAAGGGCUAAUACAACUGUGGAUAAGCUGAGUCCUGGAAAUGUAGCUAUUGCUUCUUCACUAUCAAAACUACUUGCCUCAACUAUGACCUAUCCUCAUGAGGUUGUGAGGUCGAGGCUCCAAGAGCAAGGCCAAGCUCGUGAUAGCGUGAAACAUUACAAGGGUGUUAUUGACUGCACUAUGCAGGUUUUCCAGAAAGAAGGAAUCCCUGGCUUUUACCGUGGAUGCGCCACAAAUCUUUUGAGAACCACACCUGCAGCUGUCAUCACUUUCACCAGUUAUGAGAUGAUUCAGAGAUUUCUACGUCGUGUUUUGCCACCCUAGCAGAAAGAAAGGAACAUACCUAAAUGUCCUAGUGCCUGUUGACAGAAACAAAACUUGAAGCUGACACAGAUAUUUGUUGUUUCUUAACUGGAUGCUGAUUAGAAUGGGGUUAUAAGAUUUGUGCUAUUCCCUUUUUCUUGAUUUAUACUUUUUUUUAACAAAAUUUCCCUUCGAACUGGUGAAUUGUGUGUGUGCUAGCUUGGUGAUGUUUAUGGCUGUAAAUCUUAUUGAGUGGAUCUUUAAUUCGAAGUUCUGGGGUGGGCUUUUUUGCAAAA